CACUCUGAUCCCAUCAGCGACAUCAGUUCCGCAUCAAUCAAACUCCGAUCAUUAACAGUAUGCAGAAGACAAAGCAGAUUAACGACAUGGAACCAACGGUAACGUUUCGAGCGGUGAGCGCCGACGAGGAAGGCCGGAAACGAGUGGAAAAGACGGAAGUGCAUACCCAUAACAUCGAUACCCUAAAGCACAUAGAAAAGAAGCUUAUAGACAAAGGUGUACACCGCCUGGACCGCCACCCCAGGGAUGGGAUUCCGAUCGAGAAGCAAUCAAAAGGUGGCCGUGGGGGAAAGUACACAUGGGAUGGUCCCGGAGGAAUGGUGAAUGAUGAACUUGACCCUGCUCCGGCAGCAGUGGACGAGAAGGAUCCAAAUUACGUAAGUGAAGAAGAGGAGGAGAGGGUGGCGAGAGAGGCGGAAGGGGUGGUGAUUGGCGAAGUGGAAGUGGCGAAGGUGGCGGAACAAGGUGUUGGUAGGGUGGAUGUUGAUCCCAACUUGAAGGUUGACUAGUGCGAAAGGUGGCCGUGGGGUACUACGGUUGUUGAAGAUAGCAAAUAACGUAAUGAAUUACUUUGUCGUUUUUUAUAUUAGAAGAAAAAUGGUUUUUUAGGAGAAUACAUGGAACAUGGACAAUGAGAUUAAUGACGAAAACUAUUACUAUUUAAUAUUUAUGUAUGUAUAUUAUAUAUAAACUUGAUGUAUUUUAUUAGAGGAUUUGAUGAAACUAUCCAAGAAUUUUGAUUCA